UGGUGUGUGCAGACGUAAACGGUCCGACGACGACUAUAAACACAGCGAAAGUUAGCUCAACGACGCACCUGCAAAUGAUUAAUGCACUCGUAAACUAACUACAAUGGAGGAGCUGACAACUCCUGUUCGACAGCAACACAAGUUCAGUGUUAGCAGACUUCAAAGAUAUUUGUCUGUCAACUCACGGGUGUCAAACAAUGACACACUCACGGUCAGACAGUACAGCACUGGUCAGUCAAACCCAACCUUCCUAAUCCAAACGCCCUCAAACAGCUAUGUGCUGAGGAAGAAGCCCUCAGGUGAGCUGCUUCCAGGAGCUCACAAGAUAGACAGGGAGUAUCGGGUGCAGAAGGCCCUGUUCUCUGCCGGCUUCCCCGUACCUCAGCCUCUCCUGCACUGCACUGAUGCUGAAGUCAUUGGAACAGACUUCUACUUAAUGGAGCAUAUGAGAGGGCGUAUAUUCAGGGAUCUUCGUCUCCCUGGAGUGAGUGCAGCAGAGAGAACGGCUCUAUAUGUGGCUGCAGUGGAAGUGUUUGCAAAGCUACACUCACUGGACCUGGCAUCCCUGAACCUCGAAGGCUACGGAAAAGGAGCAGAUUACUGCAAAAGACAAGUGUCCACCUGGAUGAAGCAGUACAGCGCAGCAGCCCACAGAGACAUCCCAGCCAUGAAUGAAAUGUCUGAUUGGUUGAUGAAGAAUUUGCCAGCCAAUGAUAACGAGGUCACGCUUGUACAUGGGGAUUUCCGAUUGGACAACUUGGUAUUCCAUCCAACAGAGGCACGUGUGAUCGCAGUGUUGGACUGGGAGCUGUCUACCACCGGGCAGCCCUUGGCAGACUUGGCCUACUUCCUCAUGCCUCACUACUGGCCUAAAAGUAUGAACAUCGUCAGCACAUUGGGCAGCUUAAAAGGAAUAGAAGGUAUCCCAACUGUGGAUGACCUGAUCUCCAUUUACUGCCGAUGCCGGGGGAUCCCAUGUGCUUUGCCGCAGUUGAAUUUCUACCUGGCCUUGUCUGUCUUUAAAAUUGCAGCAAUCGUCCAGGGGGUCUAUGCACGCCACCUGAGAGGUAAUGCCAGUGCUCCCAAUGCAGAUCAGUUCGGCCAGUGUGUGGAGCCCUUGGCUAAGGUUGCUUUGCAGCUUGCACAGAGGUCUGUCACGGGUCCAACAGAAGACAGUCUGUUCCUCCAGUCAGCCAAAGGUCAGGCUGUUCUCCAGCAGGUCAAAGACUUCAUGAGACAAUACAUACUUCCUGCUCAGGAGGAAGUGGCAGAGUACUACUGUAAACACGCUCAGUCUCCACAGAGGUGGCAUGCCCCCCAAAAGAUAGAGGAUCUAAAGGUGAAAGCCAGAGAAGCGGGGCUGUGGAACUUAUUCCUGCCUGCGGUCAGUGGGCUCAGUCAGCUGGACUAUGCCUACAUCGCAGAGGAAACUGGACGUUGCCUCUUCGCCCCCGAAGUCUUCAACUGCCAGGCUCCUGACACGGGGAAUAUGGAGGUGCUCCACAUGUUUGGCAGUGAGGAGCAGAAGAGGAAAUGGCUGGAGCCUCUGCUCAGAGGAGAGAUUCGCUCCUGCUUCUGUAUGACCGAGCCUGAUGUGGCCUCCAGUGACGCAACCAACAUGGAGUGCACACUUCGCAGGGAUGACGACAGCUACGUCAUAGACGGCAAGAAAUGGUGGAUCAGUGGUGCUGGCAAUCCCCAGUGUAAAGUGGCUAUAGUGAUGUGCAGGAGCGCUUCUCAGGAUGCUAGCAGCAGGCAUGGCCAACACAGUAUGAUCCUCGUCCCUAUGGACACCCCGGGUGUAAAGCUUGUCAGACCGCUCACUGUGUUUGGACAGGAUGAUGCCAUCCACGGCGGCCACUUUGAAAUGCACUUUGAAAAUGUGCGAGUCCCUGCCGCCAACAUUAUUCUGGGAGAGGGCAGGGGUUUUGAGAUCGCCCAGGGUCGCCUGGGGCCGGGCCGGCUGCACCACUGUAUGAGGGCUGUGGGUGUGACAGAGUUGGCACUGGAGCUGCUCUGCCAGCGGGCUGCCUCCAGGCACACAUUUGGAAAGAAAUUGUACCAACAUGAAGUUGUAGCUCACUGGAUAGCAGAGUGCCGUCUCAUGAUAGAACAGACCCGCCUGCUGACUCUGCAUGCUGCACAUGCCCUGGAUAAAGUGGGCAGUGGGGCUGCUCGCAAACAGAUUGCUAUGAUCAAGGUAGCAGCAGCCAGGAUGGCCUGUAAGGUGUUGGACUGUGCUAUACAGGUACAUGGAGGUGCAGGUGUGUCUGGAGACUUCCCACUAGCUCAGAUGUAUUCAUAUGCACGGGUUCUACGCAUUGCUGACGGGCCAGAUGAGGUGCACCUCUCCUCCAUCGCUCACCUGGAACUGAGGGAUCAACUGAAGAAGGCUCAGGCCAAGCUGUAAAGUACUCAUCAUAUGGCCACAGCUUGUUACCAAAAUACACUAAAUGACUAAAUUGCUUGUAUACAUUUUACUUCUGCUUAAAAUGGUUUAAAAAUGACACUUGUUUCUUAGGAAUCCUUUUUUAAUGUGAACUACAAAAACAGAAAAUGACAGCAUGAAUAUGUCAUCACGUGGAUGAAUUCCAUUGGGAUUUGAUGGGGAAUCAGGACACACGAGCACAUUAUUUUUUUUGUACAAUAUAAAACAAUGGCCCCAUCCAUUUGAUACACCAGAUGGCAACCCAUGCAAUCCACUCAUCGUCUAUACAUUAACAUUUGGGCAGAGACUUUCAGCUGCCAAAUCAUCCAGUCAGUCUUUUAUACAACACUGCGCAGAAAAGGUAAGAAUGGGGAGGGGAGGGGAAAUAGGCUGGUUUG